AUGUCUGGUGCCAGGAACCUCACUGCUGCCCUGCGACGGACCCGGGUGUCUCGCCCUCGUUUGGUCCUGCGACCUGCCAUUCCCCAGACACUCUGCGCGACCGCGCGCACCUUCAGCGCCAGCUCCACUGUCCAGGCCGAGAUCCGCCAGAUCAAAUACACCAGUGAUGCAUACCCCAACCUUAAGCGCGAUCCGAAAUUCGGGGAGGUGACCGCCGACGAUGUGACCUACUUCAAGGACCUGCUCGGGGCGCAGUCGGCUGUGGUCGAUGGCGUAACCACCGACGCGGCGGACGACAUUGAGCCCUUCAACAGCGACUGGAUGCGCAAGUACCGUGGCCACACCCGGCUGGUCCUGAAGCCCCAGAACACGGAGGAGGUCAGCAAGGUACUGCGAUACUGCAACGAACGAAAGCUGGCUGUUGUGCCGCAGGGGGGAAACACCGGUCUGGUCGGUGGGUCGGUGCCGGUCUUUGAUGAAAUCGUGAUCAACACCUCGCGCAUGAACCAGAUCCGGUCCUUCGACAGCGCUUCGGGUGUGCUUGUUGCCGACGCCGGUGUGAUUCUCGAGGUGGCCGACCAGUACUUGGCAGAGCGCGACCAUCUCUUCCCCCUGGACCUGGGUGCCAAGGGGUCUUGCCACAUUGGAGGCAAUGUCGCGACCAACGCCGGUGGUCUGCGACUCCUGCGCUACGGCAGCCUGCACGGUAACGUACUGGGCAUCGAGGCAGUCCUGCCGGACGGGACUAUCGUCGACUCCCUGUCGACCCUGCGGAAGAACAACACGGGUUACGACCUCAAGCAGCUGUUUAUCGGCUCCGAGGGCACCAUUGGCCUGGUCACUGCCGUCUCUAUUCUGUGCCCGCCGCGACCGAAGGCAGUGAAUGUGGCCUACUUUGGAUUGGAGAGCUUCGAACAGGUCCAACAGGCCUACCUGGCCGCCAAGGGCCAGCUCUCGGAGAUUCUCUCCGCAUUCGAACUGAUGGAUGGUCGCAGCCAACGUCUGGUCCAGGAGUCCACCGGCAACAAACAACCUAUCGAGGGCGAAUACCCCUUCUACUGCGUGGUGGAGACUAGCGGUUCCAAUGCCGAACACGACAUGGCCAAGCUGGAAUCGUUCCUCGAAAAUGUGAUGGGUGAGGGCAUUGUGGCCGACGGCGUGCUGGCCCAGGAUGAGACCCAGUUCCAGUCCCUGUGGCGCUGGCGUGAGGGGAUCACUGAGUCCCUGAGCCACCUGGGAGGUACCUACAAGUACGACGUGUCGAUUCCAUUGUCGGAACUAUACCAGCUUGUGGACGACUGCCGCGAGCGAUUGACACAGAAAGGCUUCGUCGGUGAUGACGAUUCCUUCCCAGUGCGCGCGGUCGUUGGAUACGGCCACAUGGGUGACUCGAACCUGCACCUGAACGUCUCGGUGCGGCAGUACAACAAGGACGUCGAGAAGGCCAUCGAGCCCUGGGUGUACGAGUGGAUCCAGAAACGCCAGGGCAGCAUCAGUGCCGAGCACGGUUUGGGAGUCGCCAAGCGGGAGUUCAUUGGAUACAGCCAGAAUGACACGAUGGUGAAGCUGAUGCAGCAGCUGAAGUCGUUCUACGACCCGAAUGGGAUCAUGAACCCGUACAAGUACAUCUAG